UCUCAACGAGAUGCUUCUUCCAAAAAUUUCAAUUCUUCUAUAUAUUCUCGUCGUUCUUCAAGAAACAGCGGCUGUCCGCGGUGCUCUUUUUCGCUCCGGAAGAGCUGUUCCGUUUGAGCGUGUCGUUGGACAACAGAGAUUGGCUCCCACAUGUCGAGAAGUUGAAUUAUUUGUUCCUUGUCUAUUCACUUCUAACCGUGAUUGUGUUAUCGACAAAAUAUGUGUUCAUGAGAAACCACUUCCCCUUUCAUCGAUUUCUGUGUCAAGCCCGAGUCCAAAUACAAAACGGGAAGGUCAUCCCGAGUUCAUGAGCCAAAUUGCGCCGCCUAGAAGAAAUGACUUUUUGCGAUUCGGAAGAGCCGGAAUGGCUUCUGGAGUUGGUGGAGGAUCGGAAGGAGGACCUGAUGAUGUGAAGAAUUCGUAUAUUCGGGUCAAUGGGGAGCCAGAGAUUGUUUAUCAAUAAAAUAAUAUGGAUUCGAUGCGUCCGAUUAUUUUUUUUUACUUGAUAUUACAUUCUCGAAACUAUUGUAAUGUGUGGGGAAUCGUUAUAAAUAAAAUAUCUUCUUGUUAAA